AUGGCACAGCAAGCCUGUGCUGCAGGCGAUUUCGGAGAGGAGUUUGUCGUUGUUGGAGGCCAUCCAUCUUCAGGUGAUGCUCUAAGCGCCUGCCAUGCUUUGGCCACCACCUUGCUGUGCCUCGUGCAAGCCUUCACUGACUUGGAGAUGUGUGACGAUGUGGAGGCCUAUGCCGAAGUGCUGCAGCGGCUUGGAGAGAAGAUGGAUGAGGCGGUCCACGAGAAGCGUCCAGGUAACUCUCCGCAGACCAUGAAGGCGGAGGCUGCUCGCAAGCUGCCCCAGGUCUUGUGGGAGACAGUGCAGCUGCAAGUCUUGCUGAAGCCCCCGGGCUGGACUGUUGGUGCAGGCUCCGCUGGUCAAGCAAGGUCCAUGGAGCGAUGGUUUCAGGAGCGAUGCUCCCAUGGCAUCGCAUCUGAUGCUGAAGCAGACUUCGGCUUCGUCCACCGCCUUGACCGGAACACUUCGGGACUUUUGCUUUGUGCCAAGACUUAUGCCGGGUACUUUGCGGCCAAGUUUGAGUUCAACGCGCGGCGGGUGAAGAAGCAGUACCUGGCAUUGUGCCAAGGACAUUUUCCGAAGGGGCCAGCCAUGUUGGACUUCCCGUUGCAGACCAGCGAGAUUGCACCAGGCAUCUAUCAAAGCCGUGUGGAUCAGACCGGGCAGUCUGCCUUGACCGAGGCAACGCAGACCACGACGCACCGGUUGGAGGAGCAUGGGAUGGAGGAGGUCUUAGACGUGGCUCAUCUCAUGGACAGCGGCAAGGAGGCUUGGAGUUUAGUGGCUUUGAAGCUGCACACAGGUCGUACGCAUCAGAUUAGAGCACAUUGCAGUCACCUGGGUCACCCACUGGCUGGAGAUGAGGCCUAUGGAGCCAGUCCAAGCAGUCCAAGUCCUCGGGUCUUCCUCCACGCUUUCCGCCUUGAAAUCAAGAUCGAGACUGUUGGCGCCAUCGCCAGAGAAUGUCCGUUGCUGGGCGACUUACUCGAGGUGCUGCAGCACUUGCAGCCGGCAAGUUCCAGCGAUCAUUUGCAGAUGCUUCGCGCCCUGCACGCCGCACCCUGA